AUGAUGGCUAAGAUAACUUGGAAUGACUGUCAAGAAAUUAAGGUUUUAUCUGGCACACAGUUGUAUGUCCAGAAAAGCUGUGGUCAUCGCUGCCCUGAUCGUGGGGCAAUUGCCGAUUCGGUGCCCAGAUACAGCCCUCCUACUCCGUCCUACAGCCCCCCAACUCCCGUCUACAGCCCACCAAACAACCCCCCAACUCCCGCCUACAAUCCUCCACAACCUGCUUAUAAUCCUCCUGCACCUGCUUACAACGCGCCCGCACCCUCGCUCCCCGACGGCCGCCUGCAGACAGUCACCUACAACGUGAACGGCGACUCCGGAUUCCUGGCUGAUGUGGCUUAUCAGGGAGAGGCUCAGUACCCUGCCCAGGAGCCAUCCAGGUCCUACCAACCAGCUCCUUCUCCAUCCUACCAGCCUGCCCCCUCCCCAUCCUACCAGCCUGCUCCCACCCCUGCUUACGGAUAA